CAGACAGCAGAGGUCCUGCUGUGGCCGCCUGCCUCUCUGUCUCUGUCUGUCCGUCUGUCUGUCUGGGCUCCUGCUUCCUCCGGCUAUGAGGAACUAGUUAGGGUGAGUAGGCUAUCCCCUCUUCCUCUUCUUCCAAAAUGAACGUACCCCAGGGCCACUACCAUGCGGACCAAGGCCAGGACCUACGCCAGGCCCAGCCUCUGGAUCUGUUGUCUUCGGAGGGAUCGUCAACAUCUCAGGAGCUGAAGACAGAGCCAGAGACCAGGCCAGAUCAGGCUGAGGGCUGUCCAGUCUGUGGAGACAAAGUGUCUGGCUACCACUAUGGACUGCUCACCUGCGAGAGCUGCAAGGGUUUCUUCAAGCGUUCGGUGCAGAACAACAAGCGUUACACCUGUGCAGAGAGACAGAGCUGUCCCAUGAACCUCUCCCAGAGGAAACGCUGCCCCUACUGCCGCUUUCAGAAGUGCCUGGCCGUGGGCAUGAAGAGAGAGGCGGUAAGGGCAGACCGAAUGAGAGGUGGCCGGAACAAGUUUGGCCCUCUGUAUCGACGAGACAGGCAGAUGAAACAGCAGAGAGGGGUCUACCACCACCAGCAGCAGCACAACACCACCCCCUACAGGAUCAAACUGGAAAGUGCACAAACACACCAGCCUUCCGUUUCAAACGACAUUCACCUGAUGUCCAGUCACACAUCGGCACCCUUGCCCUCUGGCAAUUUCCACCAAUCACAGGCCUACCCCUCCAAUAUGGGCCAUUCGGAGCUCCCCCCCAUGCUUCUGGACUGCACCAUGAACCGGGACAGGGGGGCUCUAGCUCCUCCCCCAUCCCUGGCUUACCCUGGACUGUACCACCGUUCCUUCCAUGUAGGGGGAUCAGGAUACCCCCAGGAGAAAAGUGAGAUGAUGCCUUACAGCUACGGCCCGGCACCUCCAACCCCGCCAAUACCUAACGGGUUACUCACCCCACUCACCACGCCCACAACCACCCCGAGCUCCACUCCAAGCUCCACCCCGACCCCAACCUCCAUAUUGACUGCUCCCACACCUAGCUUCCUGGCCCAGCUUCUGGAGGGUGAGCCGGAUGAGAGCCAGCUGUGUGCCAAGGUGCUGGCCAGCCUGCAGAGAGAGAAGGCAAGCCGCGGGAAACACGACCGCCUCAACACCUUCAGUAUCAUGUGUAAAAUGGCUGACCAGACUCUGUUCGGGCUCGUGGAAUGGGCCAGGAACAGUGCUCUCUUCAAGGAGCUCAAGGUGGAGGACCAGAUGGUGCUGCUGCAGAGCUGUUGGAGUGAGCUGCUGGUGCUGGAUCACCUGUGUCGACAGGUGGCCUACAGCAGAGAAGGCUGCAUCUAUCUGGUCACAGGACAACAGAUUGAGGUGUCGAACAUCCUGACCCAGGCAGGGGUCACUCUGACCAGUCUGGUGUCAAGGACUCAGGACCUGGGGGUCAAACUCAAGGCCCUCCACCUGGACACACAGGAGUUUGUGUGUCUCAAAUACCUGGUCCUCUUCAACCCUGACGUGAAGUCGGUGCAGGACCGCCGGCAGGUGGAGCGGACCCAGGAAAGGGUGAACCGCACCCUGAUGGACCACACCCUCUACACCCACCCGGGUCACUCCGACAAGUUUGGCCAACUGCUGCUACGGCUUCCUGAGAUUCGCAGCAUCAGCCUGCAGGUGGAGGAGUAUCUGUACCAGCGCCACCUACUGGGCGAUCUGCCCUGCAACUCAUUGCUCACAGAGAUGCUGCACGCUAAACACAGCUGAAUACCACCUUGCCCUGCUAACAGAGAUGCUGAACACUAAACACAGUUGAACAACACCCUGGGCUUGUCCCAAAUGGCAACCUAUUCCCUACAUGGUGUACUACUUUUAACCAGGGCCCAUAGAGUAAAGUGAAUAGGGUGCCAUUUGGGACGCACACCCUGCUCCACUCACAGAGAUGCUGAUUGCUAUGCACAGCUGAACAACUACCUGCUGGAAGGCUGCCUGCUGGACUAGGCUGGUGGGUUCCCUCUAUCACCUGGGGUGUGUUCAUUUGGCACAGGGAUAGGCUACUUUUUGCAUUCCAUUGUAAAACGUUUUUGCCAAGGUGUAGCAUGAUGAACACGACCCAGGGGUCUGUUCAAUAGGGCACACGGUAGCAAAACAUUUUGCAGCGGAAAGCAAACAUAGGACAAAUAUAGGUAUUACCUCCCUGUUUCACUGCAUUUGAAAACAUUUUCUCUAUACUGAACAUCACCCUGGUGCCCAGGACUUGAUGAACUGCCAAUGAGCCUGUAAUAUGCCCACCAAGACUAAUCUUUGCUCAAAGGUAGACAUUGUCCCUAACCACAUAUCUAAGAUCAGGGCCCAGUUUUUUAACAGUUAUCUAUCUGGAUUUCUCCUAUCGAAUAAGAUUAAAUCCCUAGAAAUAGAAUGAAUAAAACGGACGAAUCAUUGACUUGAAUGGGGACUCCUGUUCUAUAUAUUAUUUAUAUGCAUUUAAUCGUAUCCGAUAGCUGAAAUACAUUUUUGAAAAGUUGUGCCCAGAUGACCCGACCCCCAUUCCUAACCAUAACCAUUAAGCGGAUAAGACAUUAACAUCUAAUCCAGGACCUGUGGUUAGUAACAACAUCCAUCUACUUUGUGUGCUUCCUCCCAAGUAAUCAUUACCGGUUAUUCGGAUCAGUAUUACAUUAUUCAAACUCAUCUCCAAUUGAUCAUUUGUUUGAAACCCUGAGUUAACUAGUCAGUAUUCAGUCAGAUGGGAGUAGGAACCAAAACACUGCCAUAUGCUCUCUCCUCUUCUCCUGUACACCCAUUAUGCAAACGACAUAUACAUCACAUUGUCUUGUCAAAUUAUGUGUAUCAGUUUUAAUUAUGUCAUCCCUUUACCACAAGACCUGUUUGAAAUAAACAAGCAGAGGUGUCAUGUGCCACCUCAGAUUUGUCCUGAAAAAUAAAAUAAAAUAAUAAUAAUUUAAAA